AUGCCUGGAGCACUUGGUAUGGAAAGUAAUGCUGUGUUUAGUUUAGCGGAGGAUUUAGAUGAUGUCAAGAUUAAUAUUAGUUCUUAUACUGCCGUAAAAGAUGUCACAAUCGAAUGUCUUGCAAAUGGCAGUCUACCUAACGUGGUAAAGCUCUUUAAGGAUGGCGAUGUUAUCAAGAAAAUUGAAAAUAACUUGCGUUUAACAUAUAAGAUAGACAUUGUAACAGAGAGUGAUGGAGGAAGAUACAAAUGUACAGCGAAAAACAUAGCUGGUUCUAAAGAAAGUGAAACAACAGUUCUCAAUUAUUAUUUAUAUGAUGUCAUGAUUGAUAUUAGUUCUUAUACUGCCGCAAAAAAUGUCACAAUCGAAUGUCUUGUAAAUGGCAGUCUACUUACCGUGGUAAAUCUCAUUAAGGAUGGUUAUAUUAUCAAGACCGAAAAUAACUUGCGUUUAACAUAUAAGAUAGACAUUGUAACAGAGAGUGAUGGAGGAAGCUACAAAUGUACAGCGACAAACAGAGCUGGUUCUAAAGAAAGUGAAACAACAGUUCUCAAUUAUUAUCCACCUGAAUAUGUUGAUUACAUUACUGUUGCUCCUGGUGAGAAUGUCACUAUUGCACCAGACAUUUUAUCUAAUCCUAAUGAAGUUACUUACCAAUGGAUCACUGAAUUGAAUGAUAAAGAUACAGACCCAACGACCUUCACAUUCAGGGCAUCAGACGUUGUUGGCACAAACUAUGCAAUAACAGUGAAGGCUACUAAUAACAUUGGAUCAGCAACCAAAUCAUUCAAAGUCACUGUCUCAAGUGUUGACUAUUGUGUUUCAAAUCCAUGUGGAAAUAAAGGGACUUGUAUACCUGCUAAUUUUGCGUUUACUUGUGAAUGUGAACAAGGCUACAGUGGGAGAUAUUGUGAAAGUAGCAUUUACAGCACAAGUUUGACAAUUGGAAUAUUGUUUGUGGGUAUAAUUGUUGGGGCCUUCGGAACGGUAAUUGGUGGAUUGAUCGGCUACACGAGGAUUAAACGGAAGGCACAAAUAGGCAAGAGGAGUGCGAACCAAAGACAGAACUUAGAU